CAUAGCUGUUAAAUGAUGAAGAAUUUUAGAGAGGUUGCCGGUGGUCCAACCAAUCGCGUACCGAGGUGUGGCCCCGUGAAGGCGUGGUCUAAGCGAAGAGGGGCCGUCCCAGAAGCGGAAGUGUGUCUCGGCUGAUCUUUCGCUGUCAUUCGGCCACGGUCGGUUCCAGGAGAGAGGGGCAGCCAAGAAGCAAGCAAGCAAGCACACACACAGAGGAUCGGCUGGCUCUGAAGGAGAGACAGUUAGUGAGAAGAAAAGAAAAUAAAGCGAACAAUGAAACCGAUCGAAUAAGGCUUUAUGAACGAACCGAGUAUAAGUCACACACUGCCACGUUAACAAAGCUCUUCGAUGAUACGGUCCAGAUUACAGGCAGCAGAUAGAGAGCUGUGUCAUUGAGCAGGCAGGACACGUCAGGAGAAGGGAGAGAGAAAAAAAGAGCUGACCGACUGCACUGUACGAGUCAGCUACUAAAACCGCCUCUGAAAACCUUUGCUUGCCGCACUCAUUGUUUCAAGGACACCGUCUCGCUCUCAGCCCGAGGGAAAGGAUCUCGACACAGACGACGCCGAGGUCGAAAGGUGGUGAUCAGAAGGACCAAACGAUCACGGGAUAGCACUUGUCUGUGGGGGGAGAAAACAAAUGGGGGAUUACGGGUUUGGAGUUCUAGUUCAAAACAACACUGGCAACAAGUCUGCAUUCCCGGUCCGAAUCCACCCGCAUCUGCAGCCCCCUCAUCAUCACCAAAAUGUGUCGCAGAGCCCUGCCGCUUUCAUAAACAGCACCACAGCCGCAGGGAAUGGCACCACGGGAGGCUCUCCCUGGCUCUUCCCUGCCUCCGCCACCCACAACAGCGUGCAAGACGAAAUCCUGGGGGGGCCAGAAAAACCCAAAGCACAGCAGCAACAGGAAAUGCAAGAAACGCAAGAAAAGCAGCAGAUGUCUCCUGGGAGUCACCAAGAGGGUGGAAGUGGCGUUGGGAUAAUUUCAGAAUUGGAAAAAGCCAGGUCCGAGGAAGGCAAGACAGAGAAUGGCACAUCUGACAGCAGUAAUGGAAAAGAGAAGCAGCUCCGUCUUGAGUCACCUGUUCUGACAGGCUUUGAUUACCAGGAGACAUCUGGUCUCGGGGGUACGGGCCCAGUUCAGUCCAGUACAACCUCGUCAUCGCUUUCUGGCUUUAACAACUGGUCACCCGCCAUCCCACCUGCGCCAUCAACAAUCAUCAACGAGGAUGUCAGCUUUUUCAACCCGGCGUCUGCCAGUAACGGGCCUCUGCUGUUCCAGAACUUCUCACACCACGUCAGUCCAGGGUUUGGUGGGAACUUCUCCCCCCAGAUCGGACCAGCUGCUGCCUUGUCCCAGCACCACCCGGCUCCCCCACCCCAUCCCCAUUUCCAGCACCCCCACAGCCAACACCAGCAGCAUCGGCGUUCUCCAGCUUCUCCCCACCCACCACCGCCCUUCCCACACAGGAAUGCAGCUUUCAGCCAGUUGCCGCAUUUGUCCAACAGCCUGAACAAGCCCCCGUCUCCCUGGGGUCCAGCCAGCUACCAGAGUCCCUCUCCCUCCCCCGGCUCCUCCACUUCCUGGAGUCCCGGAGGAGGAUAUGGUAGUGGUGGCGGCUGGGGAGGAUCUCAAGGCAGAGAUUAUCGACGCGGGCUGAAUGGCGGGAUGACUCCCAUUAACUCUAUCUCCCCAUUGAAGAAGACCUUCCCUAACAACCAUGUGGCAUCCCAGAAGUACCCUCGAAACAGUCCCGCAGGCUUUAAUCCCAAGUCCUGGAUGGAUGAUGGAGUUGGCCGCAGCGAUAACAUCUUCCCCUUUCAGGAGCGCACCAGGUCAUUUGACAGCUUCAACAUGAACACUCUGGAGAGCUCCCUGAUUGACAUCAUGAGAGCUGAGCAGGACAGUCUGAAAGGUCGUCUUGGUUUUCCUCACCCAGGAGGGGACAACCCUCUUCCCCUCAAUGCCAGGAAUUAUAGCAGGAGACGAGGCCACUCUUCUCUCUUCCCCAUAGAGGAUGGUUUCCCUGAUGAUGAACGUGGAGACCAGGGUCUCGCAGGCCUAGGUUCCCCACACUGCUUUCCGCACCAGAACGGAGAGCGCGUGGAACGCUACUCGCGCAAAGUCUUUGUUGGAGGACUGCCCCCAGAUAUAGAUGAAGAUGAGAUAACAGCCAGUUUCAGACGCUUUGGACACCUGUUUGUGGACUGGCCUCACAAAGCUGAGAGCAAAUCCUAUUUUCCUCCCAAAGGCUAUGCCUUCCUGCUGUUCCAGGACGAGAGCUCAGUGCAGGCUUUGAUCGAUGCCUGCAUCGAGGAGGAUGGCAAGCUGUACCUCUGCGUGUCCAGCCCCACCAUCAAAGACAAGCCGGUAAUUGCUGGAUUUCUGUGUCCUGCAAUCUUUGUGUCGGUGUGCCGUCUCCAUCUGUGCAUCAGACUUGUUUUUGUGAAUGUUUUGUUGAUCUUCUUGUGUGCGUCUUCCUCACCCUCCCUCUUUGCAGUGGAGUUGGCCAUGAUAAUGGACCGCCUGUACGGUGGAGUUUGCUACGCUGGCAUCGACACAGACCCCGAGCUGAAGUACCCCAAGGGAGCGGGGCGGGUCGCCUUCUCUAAUCAGCAGAGCUACAUUGCUGCUAUCAGUGCUCGCUUUGUACAGCUGCAGCAUGGAGAAAUCGAUAAACGGGUGGAAGUGAAGCCAUAUGUGCUGGAUGACCAGCUGUGCGAUGAGUGCCAGGGAACUCGCUGCGGUGGGAAGUUUGCGCCGUUCUUCUGCGCCAAUGUCACCUGCCUACAAUAUUAUUGCGAGUACUGCUGGGCGGCCAUCCAUUCGCGCGCCGGCCGCGAGUUUCACAAACCCCUGGUGAAAGAGGGAGGCGACCGACCCCGUCACAUCUCCUUCCGCUGGAACUGAGCGGAAAUUAGAGAGGGAGAGGCAACAGAGGAGCAGGAGGGCAGGUAGUGCAGGAGUCGCAAAAUCAUUGUACAAAUAAAUGCACUUUUCUGUUGCUG